GCAGCCUGCCCGACGUGCAGCUGGAGGCGGCUCGCUGCCUGCAUGAGCUGUCCCACUCCAGUGACGCUGCCGUGGCUGAGGCGUGCAUGCCCGUCACCUCCUACCUCCUGACCUACCUCUCGGGACACAGCGUCAAGCUCAUGGUAAGGUCCAUGCUCCUGUCGCCCUCUCUGGCCCCAGUAAGCCUCCAGUAGCAAUUGGGUGCUGAGUGCUCCAGUUUUGGCCAGCUGGAGCCUGCUGAGGCUCAUACAGGAGCACUGGUUGGAAGGGACCCUCUGGAAGUCUCCGUUCCAGCCUUCCCCAUGGAGCGGGACCUCCUUCUGCUGGCCCGGGGCAGCUGUGGCUUUGUCUGGCCCAGUCCUAGAAACACACACGUGUGGAGAUCCCUGUCCCAAAACCAAGAGGACUUCGUUUCCAUCGUGUUUGCACCUCCUUCCAGGUAGUGGCAGGCUGACGUUGAAUGUUCCCAAGCCGCCCCUAGGCCAGGCAAACCCAGCCCAGCACUCCUGGCCUGCCCUGCAGCCCUGUGUCCUGCUGCAGCCUCACCGGCGUCACCACCCCUGGGUGGGUGUGGGGCAGUACUCAGGUGUAACGCUGUCAGCACCAAGCUCAGGGGAACAUCCCUGUGUCGUACUCUGACACAGCCCAGCACACAGCAGCUUGCCACAGUUGUACUGAGUUCUGUGUAGCCCUGUGAGCCCGCUGCAGCUGCAGGCUGUUUGUGGAAGUGGGUGCUGCGGGCUGUGGGUCUCUGACUCCAGCAGCAGGCGUGUGGCCGGGCCCUUGAUGCAGGCUGGGUCUGGCGGUGCCCGCAGAAGCUGUGGCUGGAGGUCAGCAGUGCAGUGGCUCCAGGAGGUCCCUGCAGAGUCUGCGACACUGGAGGGGGAGGCUGAGCUUCACUGGGAACAGGGGUAGCUGGGAGAGGCCAGCAAAUCCCAUCUGUGUUUGCCCCUCUGGAGCCAGUCUGUGCCCUGCUCAGGCAGAGGGUGGCCAGGCUUGCAUGGACCCAGAGGCUUUGCCAGCUGCUCUGGGUGCCCUGGUGUUCCUCUAGGGGAAUGCUGGCGGGGAUGACCUGCUCUCGGGUGUGUUUCAGGAGCUGUGUUUGUACACACUGGGCAACCUGGUAGUGGAGAGCGAAGCUGUGAGGAAGAAGCUUCUGCCUCAGGGCAUUAUUCCAGUGCUGGCAUCCUGCAUCCAGUCCCCACAUGAGGCUGUGCUGGAAGGUCUGGGUUACGUCUUGUCGCAGCUCCUCCAAGCCAAGGAAGCCCCCACAGAGAUCAUCCCCCUGGUUCUGGACUCUGUUCUCCCCCAGCACAUGCUUCGACUGGUUUGCUCUGGCCUCAAGUUUGGGACAGGAGCUGCAGUAGAGUUUGCUUGGUGCCUCCACUACAUUGUUUGUAGCCAUACAGCCAAUGUGGAGCUGAUGUCGCUGGGAGCUGUGCCUGCUCUUACCUCGCUCUUGUGUGACAUCGCUUCCGAAAUCUCCGAAAGCGAUUCUGAGGGCCUGGAGCUGCUCACCUGCCCGGUUCUGCGGUGCCUCGGCAAUCUGCUCGCAGAGGAGACGGGCUGCAAAGUCCAGCCGCAAGAUGAGCGCCUGCUCGUGGCCCUGUUCAUAGUCAUGCAGUGCUACCUGCAGCAGCACCCGUUCAUCAUCCCGGAGAGCCUCUGGCUGCUAAACAACCUCACAGCGGAUGAGCCCUUCUUCUGCUCUGCUCUGCUCUCUAUGGACUUGCUCCCAGCCCUGCUGCAGCUCUUGCCACAUUCCCAGACAGUGAGCAUGUUGGUCCUGACAGUGCUGUGCAACAUAGCGGAGAAGGGCCCAGCCUACUGCCAGCAGCUGCACCAGCAGGCUGCCCUUCCCCUGCUGCUGCACGUUCUUGUGGUACCCGACCCCGAGGUGGUGGGGCAGUGCCUGGAGCUGCUGCAUCUCCUCUUCCUGCACUGGCCACAGGUUGCUGUUGACUUCAUCAGGCAAGGAGGGCACCAGACCCUUGAGCGGCACCAGAGCACCCCAGAACUCCAGGAGCGGGUGCGAGCACUGCUGGACAUGGCCCUGCAGCCACUGGGUGCCUGUGCGUUUAGUUCUUCAUCUUCUGCAUUGUCCACCUCCCAGAUGACAUAACCUGCCCUCCUGCUCUGAGGAAGAAUGAACUGUUCACUCCGCGCCCUGCUCUCGUACACCGUUGCCCGAGGGCUGGUUAGGCAGUCAGACUAACUGCAAGCAGCAGUGCUGGCUGUAUAGGAAUGCUGGUCCUGGUGUCCUUGUCAUUGUGUAAGCACUGCCAGGCUGCCCUGUGCCUCCCCACAACGUGGUGCAGAGGCAGAGCUGAGCUGCAGUCAGUGCAGGAAGGCUCUUGUUACUGCAGAGGGGCUGUACAAACCCUGCUGGAUUUGCUCCUUCCUCCUGCAUCUCUUUUUGGUGCUGCAGUUUUAAACCCAACACGUGAUGCUUAGGAUAAGCACAUACGUUUAUGUGAUUGAUUAAGUUAAAGAUACACAUUUUACAUUAAAGAUCAUGAGUAAAGAGUU